AUGGACCGCCAGCUCGGGCCGCUGCCGCGAUGGCCAACUGCGCUGGCCUUUCGCCGGGUUCGGAAAGAGGACUUGGAAGCUUGCGCUUCCCUUGAGGCUGCUUCGUACCCAGCGGACGAGGCGGCAUCACCAGAAAAUCUCGCCCUGAGACAGCGCGUGGCCAAUGACUUCUUCUGGGGCGCUUUUGAGAAAAGCAAUGGGUCUUUGGUUGGCUUCGUUUGCGGAACUUGUGCAGCUGGAACUUCUUUGACACACGAAUCAAUGGAGAAGCACGUUCCUGGAGGCGAGCUUCUUUGUGUUCACUCCGUGGUGGUCCAGAAGCAUCUUCGGAGAAAAGGAGUUGCCUCGGCAAUGCUCCGAGAGUAUUUGCGGGCUGUGGCGGCCUUGCAUGCUGCUCCAGGCUCGUCGCCACCACGAGCGUGCGCUCUCAUAGCCAAGGCAGGCUUGGUGUCUCUGUACGUGAACGCCGGCUUUCAGCUUGUCGGGCUUUCCCCCGUCGUGCACGGCGCUGACCCGUGGUUCGAGCUCCAGGUGCGGGACAUUGUGCGUACGGCAUCUGGCGAGCACAUGAUCCAGUGCGAUGCUUUUGCGGCUGUGCCGUGCACCGGGAAUUCGGCAGCUGUUGUGUUUUCGCAUCGCGGCGGCGAUGCAUCAUGGAUGCAAAAGGUGGCAAUGGAGAACAACCUCGCUGAGACUGCUUUCGUGGAGCUGCUUUCCAUCGAAUCCGAGUCAAACGAGGAAGCGCACCGUUUUGCGAUCCGCUGGUUUACCCCAACUUGCGAAGUUGAUCUCUGCGGUCAUGCCACGCUUGGUGCAGCACAUGCGCUGUGGACCACUGGCCGUGCAUCCAAGCGACGACGAAUCGAUUUUGAAUCGAAAGCCUCUGGGACUUUGAGCUGCAGCAUGACAGAUACGGGCUGGAUACAGAUGGAUUUCCCGGCAGACAUGCCGAAGAUGGCAGAUGCCUCGGUUGAUGGCUCGAUGCCCACCGCAGAUGCCUUGGGCAAAGCGCUUGGGCUGUCGGGAUCUGACGUUCUUGCCAUCGGUCGUGGGAAGUUCGACAUCCUCUGCGAGCUGUCGCCGACCGCUUUCGAUCGGAUCAAGCCUGAUCAAAGUGCUCUCGCUUGCUUUGAGUGCCGCGGUGUGUGCGUAACGACGCAGGGCUGCGAAGGAAGCAGUGAUGCUGAGCGUGCUGCUGCAGCGGCUGCUGGGAGCGUGGUCGACUUCCGAUCCCGGUUCUUUGGACCACGGGCUGGCAUUCCAGAGGAUCCCGUAACAGGAUCGGCGCACUGCAUGCUGGGCCCAUAUUGGAUGCAAAAGCUCGGCCGAGGUUCGAACGGUGCAAACAGCGCAGGCCAAGUCAUCGGAUUUCAAGCAUCACCUCGAGGCGGUGUUGUUAAGUGCGAAGUCCGAGGAAACGGACGGGUUGUGCUGUCCGGCCCGGCAGUUACGACGCUGGAGGGCAUGAUGUAUUGUAACUGA